CUGAGAUGGAAGGCUGUGAUCGAAUGUUCAUGUAGAUUCCAAGUUUUGUACUGUCAUGUCAAUGUGCUUCAUAAGGUCUAAAUUUGCUUGGAGAUUGUUUUUAGAUAAUAAUGCAUUAGUGUAUUUGUUGUAAAUUAUCAUUCUAAUAAAAUGUAAAGUUCUUAUUACAAUUAGCAAGGCCCAUUCUUGUAAAUUAGUGUUUCCCAAAAUGGCUUCUGGAGACUGUGUAGAUGAAAUUGAAGUUGUGGACGCUUUCAAUAAGUUUAAAAUCGAAGGAAAUUCAAUGGACCCGAGAGAUGAUGAAAGCGAAAAAGAAGAAGGCCAAGGAGACGGCAAGAAAGAAGAUGGUGUAAUGACUGCCAAUAGUGCUGGAACGUCAUCCAACAUGACAGGAAUCUCAAGAUUGAAGUCAGAAAGAGAGAAAAAGCUUGGACAUCGUAGAGUUGGAACUGGUGGAGAAGUAACGUACAAAAAGAUCCAAACAUCACAAAUCAUGGGGUCCAUCCAGCUGGGGAUUCAGCACGCCGUUGGUGGACUGGCUUCCAAACCAGAAAGAGAUCUACUCAUGCAGGACUUCAUGACGGUUGAAACAACCACUUUCCCCGCUGAUGGUUCAAGCCAUACUCCGGCUCAUCAUUACUCCGAGUUCAUCUUCAAGACGUACGCACCAAUUGCUUUUAGAUACUUCCGUGAUCUCUUCGGCAUCCAACCUGACGAUUUCCUAAUAUCUUUCUGCAGUGCUCCAUUGCGAGAACUGUCCAAUCCUGGCGCUAGCGGGUCUAUUUUUUACCUCACUGACGACGAUGAGUUUAUUAUCAAAACAGUACAGCAUAAAGAAGGAGAGUUCCUUCAGAAGCUGCUUCCAGGCUACUAUAUGAAUUUGAAUCAAAAUCCGAGGACUCUUCUGCCCAAGUUUUUCGGCCUGUAUUGUUAUCAGUGCAAUUCCAAAAAUAUCAGAAUGGUUGCUAUGAACAACUUGCUUCCAUCUUCCAUUCCUCUUCACCAAAAAUACGAUUUGAAAGGAUCCACCUAUAAGAGGAAAGCUUCCAAAUCAGAGAGACAGAAAAAGUCUCCAACCUAUAAAGAUCUGGAUUUCAUGGAGCAUCAUUCGUCAGGAAUCUUCCUUGAAGCCGACACUUACAACGCAUUAGUCAAAACUAUCCAAAGGGAUUGUCGGGUCUUGGAAAGCUUCAAAAUCAUGGAUUACAGCUUGCUCGUUGGCGUUCAUAACUUGGAUCAAGCGUUGAGAGAAAAGGCUGAGAAACGGCAAGCGAAACAAGGCACAGAACAUGAAGAAACGAAGGAGAGUAAGGUUUCUAUCAACUUGAAUAGAACCCGCUCGAUCAACAGGCAGAGAUUGGUCGCUCAUUCUACUGCCAUGGAAAGUAUUCAAGCGGAGAGUGAGCCCAUUGACGAGGAAGAUGAUGUUCCGCCUGGUGGAAUACCUGCAAGAAAUGCCAAAGGAGAAAGGCUGUUACUAUUCAUCGGUAUUAUCGAUAUUCUUCAGAGUUAUCGACUAAAAAAGAAACUGGAGCACACGUGGAAAUCAAUCCUUCAUGACGGGGAUACGGUGUCAGUGCAUAGACCCAGCUUCUACGCACAUCGCUUCCAGGAGUUCAUGGCCAAUACUGUUUUCAAGAAGAUUCCAUCACUGGACUUGCCUGAAAUAAAAGGAAACCAUCGGAAAUUCCGCACCUUGGUUACAAGUUACAUAGCAUUGAAGCAUUCUCCAUCAAAACGGAAGAGUAUUUCUCGGCCAAUCAGACCCAUGGAUGCUGAUGAUAUUGCCGCUGCAAAUAUGGGAAAUAGCAAACCAGCUUCCCCCACCAGUCCCUCCCUUGCUUCCUCUCCUCCUGGUCCCACUUAUCCCUCAGUGCUGAAGGACCGAAGCGGGCCCCCCCCUGCUGAAACUAGGUGUCCUCCGCCUGUGCCCCCCAGGGGCGCGCCCCGCAAGCAAGGUCACGAUUCUGCGGCAAGAGGCGGGUAUGUUAGUGGCUUGCCUUCGUGCUCCACACCCCCUCCUGCCUUUGAGGACGCCAUCAGAGGGAGUGGCGAGUAUGCCGGAUUCGCGGGCGCCAGCAAUCUCGGAGGAGGGACACCCCUCAGGCACAGGGUGUCCGCGCCGCAUUCCAAAACAUUCAAAGAGGAAACUGUGAGUAUAUCAGAAGUUCGGUUAGAAUCGCGAACUGAGAAUAAGUCUUCGCUGAGUGUGGAAUCGGGAUCAUCGACGUCAGGAUUUGGGUCGGUGGUGACAGGUCGCCAUCUUACCUGGACCCCGCCUUGCUCCGUGGAGGGCUCCACCCCCACUUGGACUGAAGGGACGCCCAGCUUCACCGAAUCUUCCAGCUCUGGAGACAUAGUUUUAUCAAAUUUGAUCGGAACAGUUGGGUUGCCCGACUACCCCAGUGAGAGGCUUGAAUAGAGAUAGGGAGAGCCAAAAAUCGACGGAACUAGCCAAAUGCUCGGAAAUUACUCACUUGUGAGACAGGAAUCUACCGCAGGAGUGGCAUUAGAUAAACUUCUUUUAGUAAGUCGUUUUGUUCUACGUCGAUUUGUAUUUAUUUUUCAAUUUUGGUAUGGAAAUUUCCCGUGUUCUCCAACUUGUAUAGUCUUCUAUGUAUCUAUGUAAUAAUUGUAGAUUUGAAAAUAAUUCAUAGAUAGUUAUGGGUCUAAUUGUAAUAUUUACUAUAAAUCGCCAUGUUAAAGGUUGGAAAUGGCACUUAAAAAGUAUUUGACGUUACUUUGAUCUAAACAAUUUUAUAAAUACUGUGUGUAGACACAGUACUGAUCGAUUAAUAUUCUUUGCAAACAGAUCUUAAAACUAAAAAUUUCAUUCAUCAGUUCGAAAUUACUUUGAAUCUAUUGCAAUUAACAUAACAUUUUAUAAACUGUUCUCAGUUCAGUUACUUUCUCCUUCCUUUUCUAUUUACUGUAAAAUAUAUUCAUUCGAGAAGAUAUCAUAGUUUGUGUCAAAGUUCAAAUCAACUAAUUAAUAAUAUUAUCUAAAUGAAAUCAUUAAUUGAAAAACCACUUUCACUUUGUACCAAAGAAGAUUGUAUAUGUCGAUGUGUAUACUUUUAGCUUAGCAAAGAACAUAGAAUCAUCCUCAAUGUGCCAACUUAUUAGUAAGUUAUUCUGUGAGGAUUCAAGAGUAUUUCAUAUUGUAUUCUUGUUGAAUCAUCCUAUUCAGGGGUACUUAUUUUUAUUUAUAAAAUAGUAUUAUAGUACCCUGUUUUCUUGUUGAAUCAAUUUAUCUAAUCUCGUUCAGUAGGUCUCUUAUAUAUCACGUUCAGUCAUGGAAUCUUUAAAGAGAAUCUUUAAUAACCUCUUUUAAUUUUGAAAUAGAAUCUUUUAAGAUCUUUUAGAAUCUACUCCUAUUAAGAUACUGGGGCAGCUCUAGUUCCAUUGUAAUGGAAUGUUUCUCACUUAGUCAAUGAUUUGGCUAGCAAACCUUUCAUUAUCUAAAAUAUAAUAGAGGAAAGAAUCGGCUUAGGGAUUUGAAUUUCACGAAUGAUCUAGUUCACAAAUCACGUCUGAACUAGUCAAUUGAUAGAGUAUAGUCUAUUGGAUAGUUAGUUAUAAUAUAAUCAAUUUCUGUUGCACUUUUCUGAGAAACUCGAGUUGGUCAGUUUGCUACUUUGUUUAUUUGGAAAGUGGCUAGAAGGUUCUCCAGUAGUCUUUUAUCUCUGUUAUUGGUCAAAUAAUUCACAUUAAAAUUUCCACAAAUGCAAAAUAUUUUUUAUUUUAGCAAUAGCUGUUCUGAGAAGUUCGAUGAAUACAGUGAAAUCAGAAUUCGGUGCUCGAUAUAUAGGGCUACAUAAAACAAUAAUCUUACUAAUCAUAGAUUUCAACUUAAACUCCACAGCUGAAAUUUCAAAAGAGCCUUCGGUUGCCAGCGACUCAACAUCUUUUCUUCGAUGAGAACUAAAGACAGAUUCCCACGAACAAAAAUACAUGAUCCUCCCCUUUUUUUAAAUUUUCUAUUAUACUGUGCUUUUAAUUCAUAGCUUGGCAGGGAAAAAACAUAUAAUUCUCCUUCCUUUGACUAGUGCUCCGUAAAACAUAAAAAAAAUCAAAAUUCUCAUUUCUAUCCGACAAAAACAAUUCCAGGUCUAAUUUUGCACUUGAAAGACCCUGGCAGUUCACGUGAAAAAUGUUACUACCUAUAAAAAAUCGAACGCAUUGUCACCAUUCAAUACUGGGAUGCGUCUACUGCUGGAAUUGUCAAGACUGAUUUGAGCGUUCAAUUACAAUCUGUGGAACUAUCACCACGUACAUUUCUAUCUAUAAAAUAAUUGUUGAUCAAUUGAACAAGCUUUGGCUUCUCUCUUUGUUUAUUAAAAUGUAGUCCAUGACG